UGGACGCGCUGCUCGCAAUAAAGCCGGUUCUGGGCGUGACGCUAACGUCUUGGCGAUCCUCGUCGUCCCAAUGCACGCCGGUUGGACAGACGAAGUCGGGCAAUGAGUGGGAUGCGGUGCAGUGCGAUGCAUCCGGAAACGUCGCUUGGCUGAACUUUUUCACACAGUCGCUGAAGGGAAGCAUGCCAACAGACAUAAGCACACUCUCCGCUCUCACCUACAUCAAUCUCUGCUACAACUUUCUGCACGCCAGCUUCACACCAUUCACGGCUGCUCUCAUGCGCAUGCCGCAACUCAUGGAAAUGCGACUGUGUUCCAACUGGUUAUACGGCACCAUCCCAACAGCCAUCGUCUCCCUCACACGCCUAACGUACCUAGGUCUCUCAUCCAACUAUCUAGUGGGAACGGUCCCAGCACCGCCCCCAUCUCUCCAAUACAUCAACGUCAGGGCCAACUUCCUCACCGGCCCCUUCCCCUCGGGCAUUGCAACCACCGUCUGCGUCACCAACUGCUUCACCAGCACCACCCCCGCCUCCUGCCCUCUCUCCACCCAACGACCUGCCGCCGCCUGUGUGUUUUGCGCGGGGGCGGCAGGGGCUACGGGCAUGUGUGGGGGGUUUGUGGAGGGGUGCACGGUGGAUCCGACUGGGCUGAGCACGCCCAAUACCGCCGCGGCUGCGCUGCUCCCGCGGUCCUGCGAGGCUUCCUAUAUUCUCCCCGCUCAGGGGUCCAUCCUCCUGGCGCUCAAGUCGUCCCUCGGCGUCACAGACACCACGUGGGCGGGCACGGGGCAGUGCACGGGGGAGACGGCUGCUCAGGCGUCUCCCUACUGGGCUGGGGUAAAGUGCUCCGACGCUGGGGCAGUCACAAGCAUCGCUCUCCGCACACAAGGACUCUCUGGAUCGCUGCCAACGUCCAUCUCCGCACUUUCAGCGCUCACUUCCCUCGACCUGAGCUCCAACCUCUUCAACCAGCAGCUGGACGGCUUUCUCUCCGACCUAUACUUGCUCACUCAGCUCAAGCAACUGCUUCUCGGAUACAACUGGUUCUAUGGCUCAGUCCCCACCACUAUUUCUCAGCUCUCCAAACUAACCGGAUUGUCCGUCUUCUCCAACUACCUCACCGGAUCGCUCCCCGCUCUCCCGUCCUCCCUCCGUGCCCUCGACAUAGCCUACAACUUCCUCUCCGGCUCGCUCCCCACCCUCCCCUCCACCCUCUCCCACUGCGCCGCCGAACACAACUGUCUGGUCCCCGCCGCCGCGGCUCCCUGCGCUCGCUUCGGCUCCACCCAGCGCCCUGCCGCAGUGGUGGGAGCAGCAGCAGCGACGGCAACAGAGCGGUGUGCGGUGUGCGGGAUGGGGACUGCAACGGAAGCAAGCGGGUGCUUUGAUGGCGAUUGUGUGGUGACUGUGGCCCCGGCGGUGGCCCAGGCGGGGCCCAAUCGGCCGGCUCAAGCCGUGCAGGAUAUGCAGUGCUCAGGCAGCUCACAGACAUCGAUGGGUGAUGCCACAGUGAACGCCCUUUUAGCUCUCAAGACCGCCUUGGGAGUGACGGGCACGGCAUGGGGCAGUGGGGCGUGCACGGUGGAGGGAUUCUCCUCCGGCUCUGACUGGCUGGGAGUGGCCUGCGACUACCUAGGGAACGUCGUCUCCAUUGAUCUAACGAGCCAGAAUCUCAAAGGGUCGAUGGCCUCGGAUGUCAGCACUCUCACAUCGCUCACUCGCCUCACCUUCGACAGCAACCUCUUCUGGACGCCUCUAAGCUCCUUCGUCUCCUACUUCUCCUCCCUCUCCAACCUUGUCGUGCUCGACCUGCAAUACAACUGGUUCUACGGUACACUGCCCGCCUACCUGCUCGAUCUCCCCAACCUCACCAGUCUAGCCCUGGGAGGCAACUACCUCACAGGCACCGUACCCAAGCCCACCUCAACCACGCUCUCCAAGCUCGCACUCAAUCAAAACUUUCUCACGGGCACGGUCCCGUCGCUGCCCU